AUGCCACUUUGCCUUAUCACAUGUGUUAUCUCUCACAGAAGAAGCAGACAAGACCAGAAGCUAGCUUCCAACUACAGUACAGUAUAGUGCCUAGUUCUUACCCAAGAAGGAGCCUACCUCAAAAAAGAUUCACCUCCUCUUACUAGAUAUUAACUUGUGCCUUAUUAGACUAAAUGUCUAAUCUAGAGUCGAUACCCGGCCAAACGGGUUAUCUGAUCCUGACAGCUGAUGGGGCAAUACAGCAAAGCGCUGGUGACCUCCAGAACGAUGAGGAGACAGCAGCCAUUGUACUGCACAUGGUCCAGAGCAGUGGCAAGCUUAUGAGUGCUCUCAACAGCGAGGGGAGGGGGAGCUUUCAAAGACUGUCCAUUGUAUAUCGACAUCACACACUUGUGGCAAGCGUUUGGAGUCAAAGAGUUCAUGUUGUCAAGCGUAUUAAUAAAGAAACAUAACUUUCAUUAUUUUUUGUGUGAGACUUGUUAUGUAUGUACUGUAGCUAGCUACCUAAUUACUUAAUUGUGCAUUCUGAAUGUCAAAUUUUGUGUCAAACUGUCUCACAGUUGUUAUGCAUAUUGUUUGUCAACAAUAGAUAA